AUGCCUCCCCUGCGCCGGCUCGGCCUGCCGGUGGAGCUGACGGCGGCGCUGGCCCGGCUGGCGCCGCCGGUGCUCACGCUCGAGACGCUCCUCGAGCGCGACGUCGACGCGCUGCAGCGCGACACGGGCUUCCCGCGCGGCGCGAUCGUCGCGCUCCGCGGUGGAGCGGCGGAGCGGCACCUCGGCGCCGCCGCCGCGGCCGCGGCCGCAGCGGCGCCGCGGCGCGGCGCGGCGCGCGCCGGCGCCGGGGGCCGCUUCGCCGCGGGCUCCGUGACCGAGGUCGGGGGGGCAACGGGCGCCGGGGCGGGCCGGCUCCUGCGCGACGCCGCGGCCGCCGCGGCCGCGCGCGGCGCCGACGUGCUCUGGCUCAACGCGGGCGGCGCCGUCGCCGCGGCGGCGCUCGGCGGCCGCGCGCGCGCCGUCGACUGCAGUGACGCGCGCGCGCUGCUCCGCGCCGUCGCGGCGGCCGCCGCGGGCCGCGCGCGGGGCGGCCUCCGCCGCGGCGGCCUCGUCGUCGUCGACGCCGCGGCCGCUGCGCUGCUCCCGGACCUCGGCGGCGACCGCAACGACGCCGGCCGCCGGCUCGCCGCGGCCCUCGCGCGCGCACUCGCGCGCCUCGCCGCGGCGCGCGGCGCCGCGGUCACGGUACCGCAGCGUGUGGCGUCGGACAAAGAAUACGUGUUAUCUUCUGUCCUCGACCAAUGA